AUGUCUUCCUCCAAGACAUAUCAAUGCCUCUCGUGCCGGCUCAAGUCAUCAAUAUGGCAAAACACCACCAGCUCAGGUCGCCGCCAGUUCCACGCUUCAUCCCCUGCCAAAGCGCGCAAACGAGUCUAUCCCAGCAUCAAGGCCGCGGACCUCGAACAGCCGCAAUUUCGACCGUACACUGAGCGCGAGAAAAAGCUGCUCAGGCUGAAGUACACACCAGAGCAGAUGAAAGUCAUCGAGGCCGGAGAGAAAGCAAUCACGGCAGAAGACAUGGCUCAGCAAGGACGAAUGCGAACAGAUCCCAUGCGCAUCGAGUAUCUGGACGACUUCUCCACGAUGCGACCAGUUCUGGAUCGACCAGUGACCGAUCAGGAUCUGCAAGGCGACGAGCUAGUCGAGGGCGAGAACCGCUCAAGCCGCGGCGGAGCCAGCAAGAACCCCCAGCAGAAAGAGGAUGCCGAGCAGAAGGAGGAGACGGACCCGCAUAUGCUGCGUCUAUGCCAGCAAACGGGGAUGACGAAGGAGGAGAUCAGGAAGAUCCGAGUGAAGAAUCUGGUGAUGCAUCGGGUGGUGAACCAGACGAGGAUGGGGAAGAUCCAGUCGUUGUACUAUCUCACCAUUGCGGGUAAUCAGGACGGCAUGGUGGGGAUUGGAGAGGGUAAGGCGGCGGAAGAUGAGGAUGGGAGGAGGCAGGCUAUGAUGAAUGCGGUGCGGAAUAUGAAGCCUAUACCGCGGUAUGAGGAGAGGACGAUUUAUGGCGAGGUGCAGGGGAAGGUUGGCGCGUCCGUCGUGCAGUUGAGCUCGAGGGGGCCUGGCUUCGGCAACCGCUGCCAACACCUCAUCUUUGAGCUUGCACGAGCAGCAGGUAUCAGCGAUCUUGCAGCCCGCACGCCACGCUCACGCAACAAGAUGAACGUCGUUAAGGCAGCUUUCCAGGCUUUGACGAGCCAGCGCCUACCAGAAGACGUGGCAAAGGGCAGAGGAAGGAAGAUGGUGGAUGCGCGGAGUGUGUACUAUGGCGGCCAAGUGCUGUAA